AUGCUUACUACGAUAGAAGGAGUUCAUAAGAAUUUAUUUGAAAGUGAAUCUAUCAUUAAUGGUACUUAAAGAAUGAUGCUUCGAAGUUAAACUACAUACUACUUUAUACUAGAAGGGACUCCUUAAUACAACACUUAAGAAGGCACCUUCGAAUUAGAUUUCUUAGUCAAUCAAGAAUUCACCUUCACAUAACUAGAAAAUGUAGAACCUACUCGUUAUUAUGACAAAUAUGUUCCAACCAAAUACGGUACUAUUUUUAGGGAGAGGAUCUUUGCAAAUGAGGCCUAAGUUAGCAUCUAUGUUAGAUUAACAGAAGGACAAUAAGCUUAAUAGUAAUAGUAAGUGGCUAAAGGUAAAUAAACAAAAGGAGGAGCUUAGGAAUUAGAAAUAGUUGAGUCUGAAAUGAGAGGAGAAAGACUCAUUCGUUUGGAAUUGUAUCACGGGGAUGAUUUGAUUGUGUAUAACUAUGGAAUCAAUUCGGUCACUCUUUCAAAUAUUACUUUGCCUAAAGAUGAAAAUUAUGUAAUCUAAGCAUCUUUUGAUCUCCGAGAAUGGCCAGAGGCUAAAUUUAAAUCUGAAGAAACUGAUAAUUUGUAUUGGUUCACAACAAUAUUUGCAUCAGACACUGUUGCGCUUGUAAGAGAUACAACAAAGGAAGACAAAGAAAAAGCAAUUAAAAAGUCUUGGGAGGAUAAAGAGCCAGGAAGAGCUGUAAAUGCUAAGAAAUCAAGAACAAAAUAUUUAAUAACAUUAAAGGAAGAACUAACUCCUGAGGAAUAGGCUAUUAUAAAUGCACCCAGGAUGACAAAAAAGUAAAGGGAAGAGGAGGCCAAGUAAGCAGCCCAAAAAAAGGGACCAAAAAAGGAUGAUAAAAAAGUGGGUAAAUAAUCAAAAGUGGAGGCACCAGUUGAAACUGCUCCUUAAUAAAGAUAAAUACCAAAAUCUGAAAAUCAUGUUAAUGAAGCCAUUACAUAAUUCUUAUAGCAUUUAGAAUAAGAUAGAAUUAUGGAUCACUAUGCUAGACAUGCUGGAUUGAUUAAUGUAAGAAGCGAUGUGUAGAAAAGAGAAAUAGUGGAAGGAAUUUUGAUGGGAAAGGAAGAGAUUGCGGGAAUUAUCCAAAGAAAUCUUAAAAUGAGAGAAGAAAUUAAACUUCUUUAAAAGGAUAAUAAAGAAAUCUUAAUUAAUGAAUUCUAAUCUUACAGGUCAUCAUACAAAUAAGAACUUACAGAGAUAUAUCAAUAACGAGAUUCUAUCAAAUAGGAUUUGACUUAAUUAAUGAAGAAAGAGUAAUAAUUGUUCGAUUUAUGCAAAUAAGAAAAAAUAGGAAAUCCAGAGGAUGUAGAGAAAUUAAUAGCUGAUCCUUCUUAAUUAGAUCCUGUUUUGGUAAGUGCUGCCAGAUAGGUUAUAAAUAAUUGGAAGAUAGCAAUAAUUCAAGAAAAAAUAAACACUGCUCUGUAAAACUUUGAUGUUGAUACAUUGCAGAAGUGUGUUGAUUAGAUUUAAUAAUUAAAUAUUGAAGGUUUAGACACAAGUGCAGCAGAAGAUAUGUUAGAUGAAGCAUCAGGCAACCCAAAUUUUUAGGCAGAAAAAUUGGCCGAACUUAAAAAGCAAGGGAAAAAACCAAUCAAAAAAUGA